CGACACAAUUUAGUAUCCGGUUUCUUUAUAAAUUCAUGCCUUCUUUUCAAUGAUUUCAUAAUGGAGAAUCAUGAUUUGACAGGAGUAAAUGAGCAUCAGUUUUCGCUGGAUUCAUUCACCAGUGAUGAUACAGAACAUCAUGUUGACAAGUUUGGAGGGUCUGAUACAUCUUUAAUGGGAAAUGUUACUGUUUCUGUACCUGACGCCGCAGUUAUCGACACGACCGGUUUGGUAGCCUCUUUUUCUAAUGCUCAUCAGACCAUCCAAACAGACUCUCCUCUCACCUCUGGAGCUGCAUCCACCAGCAUCGGACAUGUCACCCUCUCAGAUAUCAGCUCGAACCUCCGACGGCUAUCAAGUGGGCCGGGAGGGUUGCUUACUGGUACCGUCAUCAGUCCAGAGUCUUUACGGGCGGUCACCAAUAUCUUCCAGACCCUACCGGAGAGUCUUAAUCAACAGAGGGCACUGUCUUCUGGACCUGCCGUCAUCAUUGGUGAAUCCAUGAACAGGGAGAUACAGGAGGAUGGUGAUGGACUGUCUGUUGGCAUCAAUCUGGUCGCAGGGUCGUUGGGUGCACUCAGUGAGAAGGAGGUUGUAAGGACUAGUAGUCUUGGUGAUCAGACUCAGUUAGGGAUGGAGAUCUUGGAGGUUCAAGACAACCCAUUGUCUUCUAUGCCAAGGAGUACCAAUGUGGUUUUCACUGCAAAUACCAACACAGUAAACUUAGUUGGCAAUGUAGAACUAGGACCAGGUGGUGAUGGAGAAUCUAUAAACAUCAUUGAUACCCUGCAGACGGAUGUAGAUGAUUCAGUACCAUCAUCCUCCCUCCUUGAACCUGAUUCCCAGAUACUGGUCGGUGGCAAUGACAGGGUGGUAGAACCUAACGAAGGACAAGAGAUCCCGGUCACAUGCCAGAUCCCUACUCAUGAGUUAGCAAAGCUUGUACAGACUGUUGAACAGGCCAGUAGCAAUGUAGGAGAGCUAGAUAGCAGCAAUGACUCGGUCAACCUAAUCAAUGUUGUAGGAGUGCCAAGUGUUGAACUCUCCAGUACAGGUCAGCUUGUUAUCCGCCAAGGAUAUGUGGUCUGUACCCAAGAUGGAGAAAACUUGGUUGCCAUGGCACAAGAUGAUGAUGUUGCCCUAGCAACGAAUGAUGAGCCAGUGGAAUCGGUAGAACCAGUGGAGUCGGUGGAACCAGUGGAACCGGCAGAUCCUGUGACUGUUGACAUGGCAUCAGAUGUACCCUCAGCCCCAAAACCGGAAGUAGAAGAAAAAACACCUGUAGUAACCGAGAAGAAGAAAGGAAAAGGAGGCUGGCCAAAGGGAAAGAAAAGAAAGAAAAAUAUCAUUGAGAUGGCUAAAGCUCCCAGACCACCAUCAUCAGCGUACGCCAUGUUUCUUGCUGAGCAGAGAGAAGGGUUCCGUGCCAGUCACCCUGAGCUGGUCGGUCAUAAGAUUUCAUCUAGCUUGGGUAAGAUGUGGAGCGGUCUAGAAGCGGAUGUGAAGAAGAAAUACUUGGACAUGGAGAAGAAGGACAAGGAGAGAUACAUCAAAGAAAUCAAGGAAUACCAAGAAUCAUCCAGCUGUCAGGCUUUCCUCAAGAAACAAACUCAAAAUUCUGUCAGAAAUUUCACUGAAAGUGAUGAAGCGAUGAAUGAACAGGUGUCAAACAUGAGCAAGAAUGAUAUUCUGGGCUGCAAUUAUCUUCAAUGCAAAGUGUGUAAUAUGUAUUUUCACAGUGAUCAUAACAUGUCGCAGCAUUUACUUGGCAAAUAUCACAUGACCAUACUGGCUGCAAAAAUAUGUGAGAUGGACAAAGAAACCCUUGGUUUGGAUGAACUGGAAGAGGGCGGGUCCCAACCUGAGGUACCAUCAACAUCAGAUGAUUGUAAAUCAUGUGAAUGUUUCAAAGAUGGUAUGCCACAUACCGAGGGAUUCAGAUCAACAUUCAUGGAUCUACAUUUUGAGAGAGAGUUAGAGCUGAGGGAAUUAAGACGUCACCAUGCAAUCAGUAUUCAUCAACAGAUGUCAUUACGCAGGAAGUACAAGAUUUUACAGGAAACAAUGCAAAAGAUGGAGAAUGACCACCGGAAUCUGAAGGCUUUUGGUUCAAACGUCCAGUCAAAGCUUGAUGGCCUAUAUAGAAUGAUUUUAUUCUUAACGUAGCAGUACACCAAGAGGUCAGAAGCUUGUCUUCAAUGAUCUCUGGAUGAUCGUACAGCUUCAUAUAUCAGGACACGGUUGUACUACCUGCUGGCCAUGUAGCUGAGAGGGAGAGCUCACAGGAAGUUCCAACCAGUCAUUCAGUCAUCUCUUGCCGAUCAUACAGCUUCAGCUAACAGGACAAGGUUGUACUACCAACUGGCCGAGUAGAUGAAAGGAAAAGCUGAUGAAGAGGUUUAACCAGUCGUUAUUCAUCUCUCAAUGAUCGUACAGCUUCAGCUAUCAGAACACAGUUGUACUACCUGCUGGCCAUGUAGCUGAGAGGAAGAGCUGGUGAUGUGGUCCAACCAGUUGUUCAAUUAUAUCUCGAUUAUGGUACAGCUUCAGCUAUAAAGUCACGGGUGUACUACCUGCUGGCCAUGUACCUGAG